AAACCCUAGAAGAAUUGGAGUUCGAAGGUGGCAUGGAACCAUCACCAUCAACGCGAUACAAUCUGCGAUCUCGUGGUCGUAUAAUCGGCAACCGCCUUUUGAGGUUACGCCGAGGAGUUCCAGUCUAUAAUCAUCACCACUCAUGGUUGUUACUUAUUACAAGCUUCAUGCUUUCUCUUCUAAUUAUUAUUUGUUUACUUAAUUAUCAUUCCUGCCAAAUUAAUGAUAUAUUGGUUUUUUUUCUUUAUGUUUUUCCUUUACAAAUCAAUUUUGCUUGCAAUCAAAGUCAAAAGCCUUGUAGGCCCUCCGUUAAAAAAGUACAAAAGCCUUGUGGACCCUCAAUACUUAGAGGAACUGAUGAGGAACUAGGAAAUCAAAGGCCACAUGAUUGUAAGAUUAGAAAAGAACAACGGAGACAAAGUAGAUUACGUUUUAUGGAGAAGUAUCGGCCUUAUCCAUUUGUGGCAAUGCAACACUACAACAGAAUGCUAAAAGAGGAAGAACAGUACAAAGUUUAUGAUUAUGGGGAUGGGAUUAUGACGGCUUUCAAAAAAGUUGGUGAUUUUCAUCAACUGCACAUUUUGGGUGUGCCAAAAUCUUUUGAAUACAUGCAGAACUCAUCGGAUGAUGAUGUUCCUGUUAAGCACUUUUAUGCCCGGAUCCAUCAAGCACCCAAAAAGAAUACUCAUGUAGAUUACUGUGAGCCUUUUGAAGGAGAAGGACCUCCAUUGAGCGGUUUGGAUAUUAGCCGAAUCGUUCCCUUGUGAUGUAAAUCUUGUGGUCUUGCAAAUGGGAAUGCUAUCAAGUCAAGAUCAUUAGAAUUGAGCAAGCAAGCUGAAGCUGAUGGAGAAGAUUCGGAUUCAGACUACUGGGAUGGUUACUCGGACCCUGAUGCCCCCUAAAAACGAAAUCAGAGGAGCAUUAGCAGAAUUUAGGAGAAGGCGUUGAACCUAUCUUAGAAGACUUUAAGGACCAACGUCCGAUCUUGACAGCACUUCAGGGUUAUAAUGCCAAAAUCUCAAGUCGGCACACUCAUCUUUAUCUGGCUGGGUCUUUACAGGCUUUAGACUUCUUGAAUAUUCUACUAUAUUUUUUCUUUUAUGUAGAAUUCGACU